AUGGAUGAUAAUCCAAACCGGAACUACCUUCUUGCCACAAACCUUUUCCAUACAUUUCCCGGGUAUAGCACAAAAGUGACCAAGACGCAGAACACAGCAGCAGCCCGACCAGCCCAACCACCUCCUACUAAGACCACGCACAAUGCGCCGAAAAUCAACAAAAGACCCCGAAUCACUUCGAAUGACAUGAUACCAGAGAAAGAUGAUAGACCAGAAAAGCAGGAAAAGGGGGGGGGAAAGGAUGAAAAGCCAGGUCCGGUUGAUCUAUGGAAGGAGGCAUUCGACAAGUUAGACCCUUCCAGCCAAGCGUACCUUUCUACAGAUGAUAUUCCAGCUAUAGUUGCCAUCGAUCACGUCAUUCAAGAUAACACGGCCAAAUAUAAAGAGUGGAAAACGGGCGGUCUCAAAAUUCGCCGGAAGGAUGCAGAUGAUAUAAAUAUACGUGACUCGGUGGAUAAGAUCAUCAGCGCAGCACAGAGAGCUCGCGAUGUAAUAUCAACCUUCGCAUCUUUCGACCCAACGGGUCACGCUUCCUCCGCCUGGACGGUGAUUUCCUUUGGAAUGAGUAUUGUCCAAAAUAGAUCGGACCGCCGUGAUGCAAUCUUCGAUGCAUCAGAUUACCUCGCUGAGCCUACUGCGCAAUCAGUGUCGAAUCUCCGAAAGGAAUAUCAUCUCCAGGGGAGCCAGCUUGACUCCAAGGCCCUCAAAAGUGUACUUGAAAACGUUCUUUCCAAAAUUCCAGGCCAGGUAUAUCUUGUUUUUGAUGCACUGGAUGAGUGUCCAGAAGAUUCCCAGGUCAAAGAGCGAAGAUCACUUCUAUCAUUUCUCGCGGGCCUUCUUGAGCGGUAUAAGGAUAAGGUCCAUAUUCUCGCUACCAGUCGCCCAGAACGGAAUAUUGAACGAGCACUUGGGAAAUUCCCUAGGAUUGACCCUGAAAGCUGCCUAGGCAAUGAUAAGUCAAUCAUUGAUACAUUGCUUAGCCAGCGGGAGCGACGCUUUCGUUGGGCCGAGCUGCAAAUAAUCGAGCUUGAAGGGUGCAACAAUCCAGAGGAAAUCCACCAUGCCCUGAAGACCAUUCCUCACUCUCUGAAAGAAAUCCAUCGAAGGGUUCUCGAUCGCAUCAAGCCCAAAGAUGUCCCCAUUGCGCGACGGAUUUUCGCCCUCAUUUCUUUUUCACCCGUGGCUCUUCAUUUGGACAUGGUCGCCGCGAUGCUCAUCAUAACUGUGUCCGCCAUCCUCAAAAUCUGCACGACUUCACUUGUUAACGUAUUUGAGGGCAAAGUCCAGUUCGCCCAUUCCUCCGUACAGGAAUUCAUGAUCGUCUCCGAGUCGGAUGAGGGGGUUUUGCCCGCGCAUCACCACCCAUGCCAAUUUAAAAUAUCCAGUGGAAAACUAUACCUUGUGGAGAAAAUCGCAGAUCUUUUGCUGGGGCAGACGGAAGAGUUGAAGAUCGAGUUGAAAAUUCACCGUCUCUUUACCACACCCACUGUCUAUUUCAACUGGAUACGUGCUGCCUACCGUGAUGAUGAUGACCAUUGGCGCAAUCCAUGGAUUAAACCGCUCAAGGAGUGUCCAGCACCACUUCACAAGGCCAGCUACCUAGGUUUACUGAAAACAGUGGAGGUUCUUGUUUCCCAAGGCGCUGAUCCCGCAACUUAUUCCAAGUUGCCAGAACGUGGGAUGUUAGAGAGUUCAAUCUCAGUCGCCGCUUCCUUGGGACACUUGGAUAUUGUACAGUUCUUUCUACAGAAGGGUUCUAUGCAACGCAGGGACGUUUGGUGGUUUUUCGCCUACCUUGACCACCGCAAAGCUGACAAAGCGAAAUUGGAAACGAUUCUGCGCACAUUAUGGGAUCAAGGCCUUCCGUGUGGAGAGUCGCCCGAUCGCUGUAACAAAUUUGAUGAGGAGCUGCUGGAAUGGACCAUGACUCGUCGAUCCGACUCAGAGGUAGAGAUUCUGGGUAUUCUUUUGGAUUGGCGACCCGAAGUAGACGUGCCAAUUACAGAUGACUUUAUUGCCCGUCAGAUUGUCAACGGACAUGCCUCCAAAGAAUGUUUCCGUCUACUAUUCAAGAGAUGUGAUAUCUAUGUGCCAAACAUCCCAGAGAGCACCAUCAAGAAACAUUGUGAUUGCUAUAUUGGUCUUUACUCUGGGUUUGCCUAUCUCGCUGAAGAUUGGCCGAAUGAGUUGCAGAUAGAAUAUACCACAUCCUCCCUAUGGGAGUCCGAGACACUGGUUAAAACGAUUUGCGAUCACGCAGAUGCAGCAAAUAUGCUCAAAUUGCUCACACAGAUAGACGGUUUCUGUAUUCCUAUUACGGAAGACAUUGUGUGCUCUGCAGCCAAAAAUGAAAAUGGAGAUUUGGUGGUCCACUGGCUGGCACAAACACACCGAAGUCGUCUUCCAGUCACAGAGAAAGCUCUUCUUUCCGCAAUUCAAAAUCUAGAUACCGGUGUUGAGGUUCUGAGAAUUCUGAUGCAGGAUUUUCCCUCCGCCUUGUGGACGGACGCUUUAUUUGAAGGGGCGUGUGAGAACAAAGACGCCCUGGUCUUCCUCCUGGAUCAACAUCCAAAGGAUCUGCCAAUUGAGAAAAUGUUAGAAGCCGUGGAAUAUGCAAGCGACGUACGGGAGUCAAGAGAUGCACUCCGAGUCCUCCUUGAACGUGGCAUCCUCAAGGCUGAUGAGAAAUUGAUCGAGACUCUUGCACCUAGCCCUAGCUUGCUGGUUUGUAUGUUAGUCUUUAAUCCGGAUGUUGACAUUACACACGAGGCUCUCUUAUCUGCUGCAUACAAUUCCAGCUCAAUGCGACUGAUAUUCGAAGCCAGAGAAAAUUCAUUGCCCAUUACGGAGGAUGUCCUGAUAGCCGCAAUUGAAGCUCAAUCAGAUAAAGAAAUGUUUGAACUUCUUUUAAAGAAACAAGGGUCAUUACCUUUAGCCGCCAAGGUUCUUGAUACGGCUCUAGAAUAUCGACCGACUGGAGCAUGCUUUUUUCAGGUACUACCUGAUUCCGACAUCAGAAAGCUCUGGCAACCCUCUUGGUGUGAUACUGAAUUACCCAUGAGAGACAGAACUGAAAGUCUUAUCCGUGUUUUGAGGAUUGAAGGAUCCAAAAUGACGGAUCAGAUUCUGGAAGAAUUUCCUUAUGGUCCAGAGGAUCAAGGUAAAUCUGAGUUUGAUGAGUUCAUUGAGAUGAUGUGGACUGAAAGGGCCUUGCCUGCUCUACUAUCUGGGACUGAAAGGGCAGCAGAGAUUAUCUUGGAAAGAUGUGGCAACCAGGCAAUUGAGUUGUUCUUUCAGUGUGGGGAAUACCAGGGUCCAAUUACGGAUGAUUUGAUCCAGGCGGCGGGAAGAAAUGAGAUCGCGGAUGGAGGGAAGUUGAUGUCUUUCCUUGAACAGAAGAAAAGUGAAAUUUUGUACGCCGGGUACUAG